CGCACUAGCUGUGAUCUGCAAAGUGCAGACAGCCCUCAGGAGCGAGCAGGGUUGCUCCUUCUACUGCGCUCUGACAGCUCACUGGCAGGACGGGGAGGGAAGGCCAGCAUUAACAAGCACGUUCCUGCUAGGAAAGGAGGGAAGAGACUCCCACUGAUGGACCGUGAGCCAUGGCCGCGGAGCCCUGCCUCUGAGAGGGCGGCUUAGGAGCGGGAUUCCUAUGAGCCUCCACGUCUGCUGAACUGGUUCGCUCCCGAAAGAAAGGAAGGAUGUGGCAGCUCGUUUUCCUGACUCUGGGCUGUGAUCUUGUCCUGGCCGCCGCCUACACCAACUUUCGGAGAGGCAUGGACAGCGUCGGGAAAAGGCAGUAUCAGGUUCAGCAGGGGUCGUGCAGCUACACUUUCCUCCUGCCGGAGACAGACAACUGCCGCUCCUCCAGCUCCUACGCGGCCAGCGCGGUGCAGAGGGACUCGCCCCUGGAUUACGACGACUCCGUGCAGCGGCUGCAAGUGCUGGAGAACAUCAUGGAAAACAACACCCAGUGGCUGAUGAAGCUUGAGAAUUACAUCCAGGACAACAUGAAGAAAGAAAUGGUAGAGAUACAACAGAACGCAGUUCAGAACCAGACGGCUGUGAUGAUCGAAAUAGGAACAAACUUACUGAAUCAAACAGCGGAGCAAACACGGAAGUUAACGGAUGUUGAAGCACAAGUAUUAAAUCAGACAACAAGACUUGAACUUCAGCUUCUGGAGCAUUCCCUUUCCACCAGCAAAUUGGAAAAACAGAUUUUGGACCAGACCAGUGAAAUAAACAAAUUACAAGAUAAGAACAGUUUCUUGGAAAAGAAAGUACUAGACAUGGAAGACAAGCACAUAGUUCAACUACAGUCAAUAAAAGAAGAGAAGGAUCAGCUCCAAGUAUUAGUAUCCAAGCAAAAUUCCAUCAUUGAAGAACUAGAAAAACAAUUAGUGACCGCCACGGUGAACAGCUCAGUUCUCCAAAAGCAGCAACAUGACCUGAUGGAGACAGUUCAUAAUUUAUUGACUAUGAUAUCAUCAAACGCAGCGAAGAACUCCUUCGGCGCUAAGGAGGAAGCGGUCGUGUUCAGAGACUGUGCGGAAGCCUUCAAGUCCGGGCGGAGCGCGAGCGGCGUCUACGCGCUGCUGUUCCCUAACUCCACGGAGGAGGUCAAGGCCUACUGCGACAUGGAGACGGCUGGAGGUGGGUGGACCGUCAUUCAGCGGCGUGAAGAUGGCAGUGUUGACUUCCAGAGGACUUGGAACGAGUACAAAGUGGGAUUCGGGAACCCUUCUGGUGAGCACUGGCUGGGAAACGAGUUUGUUUUCCAAGUGACCAAUCAACAGCCCUAUGUGCUUAAAAUACACCUUCAGGACUGGGAAGGGAACGAGGCAUACUCACUGUAUGAACACUUCUCUCUCUCAAGUGAAGAAUUCAAUUACAGGAUUCACCUUCAAGGACUUACGGGGACAGCCGGCAAAAUAAGCAGCAUCAGUCAACCAGGAACCGAUUUUAGCACAAAGGACGCAGACAAUGACAAAUGUAUUUGCAAAUGUUCACAAAUGCUCACAGGAGGCUGGUGGUUCGAUGCCUGCGGCCCCUCCAACCUGAACGGAAUGUACUACCCACAGAGGCAGAACACAAAUAAGUUCAGCGGCAUUAAGUGGUACUACUGGAAGGGCUCCGGCUACUCGCUCAAGGCCACCACCAUGAUGAUCCGGCCCGCGGACUUCUAGAGGCCUGCAUGCACCUGCGGAGUGCAGGCUGUGCGCUGUUCGGGGACCCGGGGCUGCAGGCCGUCCCCUCUUCCACCCCAAGACGGACGGCCCACUCUCGGUGCUCGGGGGUGCGCACGCGCCAGCCGGGAGCCCCUCGCACCUCCCUGCUUACACCCGCAUCGCUCGUGAACCAAAGCACAACCCUGGGUGUUGUGACCCGGCGGGACGCCCACGGGAAGAGAGGGUGACGCCUGCGAGUUUCAGACUGACGCUUCGCAGACGCUGUGGUCACAACCAAGAAUGCUGUGUCGAGUUCAUCCGUAAAUAACUGGAAAACAGAACUCUCACACCACGCAGUAGAGAUAACCUUGGAACUGCGUCCUUCUAUGUACUGUUUAUAGACUGUAUAAAUAUCCAUAUGUCCCGAGUUCAGCAUCACUACCAUAAUUAAAAGAAAGAAAAAAACGUCUCUAAGCCAUUAAAAUAUAUUAUAUAUUCAGGGACUUUCUGGGAAGUGCUUAUUUGCAGCUUAAUAUUUGGACACGGAGAAACAUAGCUAACGCGUUUUUGCUUUAAACUCCCAUUUUGAAAACAGCAUAUUUACAUAUGUGGGGACAGCAGAGUUUUAAGUUAAUGUUUGGAUAUAUAUUUCAAGUUUAAAAGGUGAAAACCUCCUGGGUCUCUGAAAUUAAUAGGAAUGUUUGUUCUUUCAGUUUAUAUGAAGAUUGUACUAUUUUUUUUCUGUCUGGCUGUUAAAUAUGAAGGUAUUUUUAGUAAUUAAAUAUAACUUAUUAGAUAACGACAAUGAACCUUUAUGAUAAUAUUUACAACUUUGUAAUUUGAUUCUGACACAACUGAUUGUGCCUCACGAAGAAAAAUUUGAUUGUUUUAAUGGUGAAGAAGAUUAUACAUUUAAUUCCCUGACAAACAGAUUUUACUGUAUUUUCCUCACUAUUCUAUUGCAGAGGUCUGUUAGUCAGAUAUGUUUUAGAGAAGUAGGCUACAAUUUAGCUUGUGGUUGAUGAAACCUUUCUAUUUAAAGCACUUAUGAAGCUACACUUCUCAAGCUAGUUUCAUCCCUAAAGUUAUUCUGCAUUAGUAAUAUUUUAUUAAUAAAAAUAAUUUCCAUUAGUAA